CGAAGGUGUAAUGCCAACAAGCUUGGUCUUUCUUACUGACAUAUCGAUUGUGGCAGUAUCAAGUGCUUGACCAUCGUGGAGAAAUGUGAAGUGGUUUUCGAGCACCCCGUACGCUUCCACAGGUUUCAUUUGUGAGGAGUUUGUGCUCUCAUCAGCGUGGAAGUUUACCAGGACGCCGAGACUUGUACAGUCGAGUGCCUCUGCUUCAUCUUCAUGGCCAGUAACGACAACAGGUGUGAAAGACUCGAUAGUGAUUUCGACAUGCUCCAGAGAACUGGUACUGAGCACUGGACCUCGGCAGGCUGCAUCCAGUGACACAUACACGCAAGUGCCUGCAGUAUGGUCUAACGGGCUCUUCGUGUCAUUCGGUGGAAAGGCAAAUGCAUAGUGUGUCUGCUGGAAUUGACAUCCGACAUUGGCAAGGGGGAGAAUGCACGUUCCAAGCAAGAAAUCUUCCUGAUGACUAUCCCCACGUUCCACAAUGUCGAGUUUUAGAGCCAAGCGUUUUGUAUCUUCGGUGAUUGCUACCCCUGCUCUUCCUCCAGCACCUCCUAGCUGCUGGUUUAUAGUCUGUGGCCACCCUGUGGGUAAUGGGAUGGCUAGCACCUCGUUCCAGGAAGGUGAAGUGCUGGCUUCGACAACGCGCGUCGCAGCAUAUGGAGAAAACUUGUGUUCGUAUAAUACUCUGCCUUCUAGUGGCAAUGUUGACGUAUCUGCUGCUCUGGUGGCGUCUCCUCGACGGCACUGCACAAGGUUGGAGCAUCCGGUAAAGACACCAACCGAAGCGACCACAUACGUGUUGAGUUGAUCUCCAGCGAUAGUAGUACCAUUCAGCUUUGUCGAAACAUCUUUGGUAACAAGCGCAUCCAGAUUCCGCCCGAAAUGCACAAGAACUAACAACAAAUCUCCGCCGCGCUCGUCCGAAGCACUGAAGGGCCUGCACAAUAUUACUUUGAAGGUUGAGUCAACUAGACGCCAUCAAACGCAAAGAAUGGAACGCACCUCGUGCUCCGAAGGUUGUUCGCGAGGUCGGCAGUGACUCCUAUAGCCGGCACCUCGGGUUCCAGCUCCUGCGGUUCGUGCGGAGAGGACAUGCAUUCCUUCACUUUCGUUGCCACCUUGGGGUCGGCGUCUCGUCGAGGUCAACGUGAAACGACGUCCAAUAGCGAUCUUUCGUGUGGAUCAAUUGGAAGAUCGAGCUGCCAUGUCAUACAACUCGGUGGCGCUGGGGAUCGUCGGCAGCCCGGGGACUUCACCGCGGGGCGAGCAGCAUGUGCUCGAGACGUUCUAUUACACGCUGGUGUUCCCGGUGCCCUCGGCUCGAGAGAUGCCACGCAUCAGCUACGCUGACGUGUGUGAGAUGCUACGUGGAGUGACGGCCGGAGGACCAGCACGAGAGGCGCGUGCAGUCGACGAGCUACGUGCAGCCUGGGAAGCCAAGUUUCGUUCGGGUGCACCCAUGGCACAGGAUAUGAUCCCAUUCUCGGCGUUGCAGGAACUCAUGCGGGACGUCAUCAUCGCGCGGUUCUCGGCUUUACCUGGGAUGAUAAUUCGUCCGCGCACUGAGAGUCAAGACAAAGGCCGGAUAUUGCUGAGCUUCCGUCCUACUCUAGCGUUGCUGAGAGCUACAGCAGAGCGACUCAAGAUGCGAAUGCCCGCUUCUAGUGCUCUUGAAAUUGAUAGCAAGGCAGAGACAAAGCUGUGGAGUCAAGCUGAAGCACAAGAGGAGAUCUACCGACUCUUCCUUGCAGGUAAGAUAACCGCGGAAGACGCGCAGAUCUUCGACUAUGAGGACAGCGGGAUGUGGUCUCGUCGAUUGCGUGCUCUGCAGAGAUUCUCCGCUAUCAAGACCGGAGGACAGGCUGAAGAAGGGGUGGUGUAUCUGCCAUUUCGUGAUCUUGCUGCGCUACGCUACGUGUAUCGCCAGAUUGAUGACGAAGGAGACGGAGGUGGAGCCAGUGACGGAAGUACCUUGUCUCCCUUUCGCGUGGUGGACAAGAUCCGACUGACGAAGGCGCUGAUAGAUGCCGAGUUUGACUGUGACGCACUGCUGGAGCGCGGACUACUGGACCAUCAUCUCUGUCCACAUACCCACAGAGCUACAGACGUGGACACAUCCCUGGAUGUACUUCGAGUUCAGUGGGGAGCACUCCCAAGUCCGUGGAGAUUGUUUUGCGGCCUUUACCAGUGGUUCCGUAGCUCUGAACCGACAGCAGAUCCACUUCUCCAUGUGCGGAAUUACUUUGGGGAGCAGCUUGCACUCUACUUCGCGUUUGCUUCUUUCCAAGCGAGUGCAUUGAGGACGCUCGGAUUCCUGGCGUUGGUACUUGCGGUUCUUGCAGCGAAGACAUCGAGGCUCCGAGAGGCAGAAGCUUCUUUCUGUUUGUGUUCGUGUGCGUUCCUGGGGAUCUUUGUGCGCAAGUGGGAGCUGCAAGAGGCACGUUUUGCUGCUCGUUGGUCUGGCAGCACACCAAGUGACGGUGGGAGUGCAGUCAAUCCACUCCUCCAAUUACCAAGGCCGCAGUUCCGUGGACGAAUGCGACGCAGCCCUGUGACCCUUCGUUUGGAGCCGUAUUCACCGAUCGGGAAGGAGGUUGCACGUCGGUUGAUGUCAACGGUGGUGCUUGUGGCUCUUACGUUGGAGCUUGCGGCGGCCAAUGCUGUGCUAGUGGCGAGUAACCACUUUCAAGCUCUUGCAACCGAGACUUCCUCGAGAUUCAACGUGGCGCUAGGAGUGAUAGCACUGAUAAGUAAGUGUGCGAUACCGCACCUGGCACGUUGCAGCCGAGCGCUCACCAACUGGGAAAAUCACCGACUACAGCGUGACUAUGACGCUCAGCUCACGUUUAAAUUUGCACUACUGCAGAGCGCCAAUUGUUUCAGUGCGCUGUGGGGACUGGCAUUCUUGCGACCAGUACGCUGCAAACUUGGUCAGUGUCAACACUUUGAAAAUGCUGAAGUCAAUGUCUCGAGCAAUGACCAAGCAGCUCGCAUGCUGCUGAUACUACUCGGGUUAGAUGUCGUUGUCGCUUUGUGUGGUCUACGCUGGGCAGUGUGGAAGUUAGUUUGUGGUGGUAAUGUAUGGAGACAAGUAUCGACAGAGGCGGUAAUGAGACCUCUUCGAAUGGUUGAGCGAACACAAGGAGGCAAUGUCCGGCCCACAACGACACUGCUGGUGGCAGCGUCCACGGGUUCAAGUAUCGAAACCGACUUGUCAUUGGUGCCGUACGAGGGAGUACUUUUCGACUACGCACAGCUUCUGGUACCUCUGGGUUUUGUGGCUUGGUUUGCGCCCUUAGCUCCACUGUCUUGCUGUGUCUUAGCUUGGAUUGUUGCAGCAUUACAGAUACGUGUGGAUGCACACAGCUUGUGCUAUGAUGCGCAGCGACCUUUUCCAAUUCAGACGCUCUCUCUUGGCUCAUGGAUCGGCUACCUGCACGUUCUGCGAAUAGGUGCCAUUCUUCACUCCACUGUCUUCAUGCUGAUGAUUUUUCUGAAUACGACGGCUGCCGACCUCGAUAACAAGACAUUUGAACAGCACGUCGUGGCGUUGGGAGCUCUAUUUGCCUUUGUCGGAUGGGUAUCCUAUGCGCUAAAAGACCAUCAAGAUCUUACCGAAGACCGUCGUCUCAAGUUGUUGAGGGCUAAGCAAGCAGCGCUGGAGAGCAAAUACCUUGGACACCUUGGUACCCAUCUCGCGGCAAGCGCCAAGGCAGCGCUCCCUCCAGGACGCGUCUUCCUUAAUGGUGUGCCUCGUUAUGUAGUCACUGGCGACAAAGGCGAGGAAGACGCCGCUGAAGAACUUCGCGAUCAAUGGCGUCAACAGCAAAUGCAGAUGCUAGGACUGGAAAAGAGGAUUGUGGAGCUUCGAGACAGUGAAGACGACACGCCCAGCAUUGGUGUUCUUUACGUGGAAGUGCAAGGGAUCAGUCUUCUUCCGAUAGCGUCGCCCAUUCACUCGUUUGUGGAGUUUUGCGUACAGUCUGGGACUGUUGGAACCGGCAGUGGGAGCUCACGAGGCGAUUCAAUGAGCACGAAGUCAUUGGAAGCCUCCAAGGCUGCGAAGAAAGAAACUGGUGGCCGCAUCGCAUCGCCUGUGCCAGCACAAAUGGCUAAUACGUCGGUCAGCAAGAAAAGUCGAUCUCCACUGUGGCAUGAGAGCUUUGAGUUGCCUGUAACAGCUCUGGGAGACGUGUUAGCUCUGCGUCUUUGCGACGGUGGUCCAAUGAUACCUUCGGUGAGGCAGCGACGUGUUUUGGGGCGUGCGCAGCUUGGAAUUGACGAUGUUAUCACUCGCACAAGCAGUUCUACGUUGCCCACCGCUGCGGUGGGGUUGCCUGCCGCAGCUAGUGUAGCAGAAACGAAAGCUACCAAGCCAAAGCCAAAAGCUUCAUCUGAGUCGUCAUCCUCUGGCAACGAAGACGAAACAGGUGACAUAAAUUCAUCUCGAUCCUCUGUCCCAAGGACGCAUUCAGUGACCUCCAGACCUUCUUCGCGCUCGAUAGACGUGCCAAUGGCGACGUACGAGCUGCAGUUGGAGCUUCCUGAGUCGCUGCGACGUACGAAACAAUCUGAAGUGACGAAGCACGGACCUCCACGACUUGCUCUACGCUGUGGCGUUCGUCUCAAUGAACUGGGCUCCCUGCUCGUACAGCAACGUCGGCUGCGUGAAAAGCUUGCUUUGUUGCGUUCACAGGAGGUUCAGCUGUCAAGUUGGGGUGGAAUGUAGCUGUAACUGUUGAUCAACUAAGCAGACGGGUGUGUGAUGGUGAAUAACUUAAGACGUCCAUUUGAAGCGGUCUAUCUACGUGUUGCUAGGCUCGCUCAGCGGAGCUCCAUGGACUCGCGGACCCAACAGAACGUCGGAGACUGCUGUGCUUCUCGAGCGCUUUGGAUCUGGUCCUGUUGGUGGUGAAGGUAUUGUUGCUGGGACUGCAGCUCCCACUGCGCUCUGGCAAUGGCGUUCUCGUUGCAAGCGCGACCCGCACUGUCGCUUCCAGUGCUACCGUCGGAAUCGGCCUCCGUCAUGUACUUGGACAGCGUUCGCUUGCUGCCGACUCCCUUCAUGUGACUCACGCCCACGUCGCUGCCCCCUCUACCCGUGAGUCUUCUCAUGAGGUAGAGCAUGCAGAUGGUCGGGAAGAUAUUGGGGAUUAUGUUGUAGAGAAUGAGAUACACGAUCAUGGACAUGGCAGCACCCGACUCGUUGAGUAUCAGCGCCAAUAUGCGCACCACGUCCGACACGAUGAAGAUGGAGAUGGCGAGCAUAAGCUGAUUGAGCGACUUCUCCACGCUGGCGGCCGGGACAGUUCCACGUGCAAGCAGCAGACGCCGACGUAGACGGAAACCCUGGUAUCCCAGCAGAACGCCGUACGCGAGCACGACAAGCACACCUGAAUAGGUCAGCACGCCUCGGAGAGCGCUUUUCAUAAAGCUGUACUGGCCGUAGAUGUCGUCGGUGUAUCUGGAAAUCAAGAUAGGUACUAUCACGCCCCAGAGUAUCAGUAGCGCGUUGAGUACGGUGACGAUCUUGGUCAUGCGGCGUCGUGCCAGUCGCUGACCUGCCGAGACGACGCCAGCCCAACAGACAGCCAGGUACGACUUGCAGAAGGAGAGCAGCAGUAGCGAGUAGAGUCGGCACACGUACAUGACCUCCCAGGUCUGUGAUGUGGGGUACCAGAUCCACUCGACGGCCUCGGGAAGCUGCAACAGUGUCGCUACGAGGAGCGUCACGUGGAAAGCCUUCUUGGCGCCGGCGCUCGAGUGCAGGAAGUGUAGGGAGGUGCGCCACGCGACGGCCAGCGAUAGUGCCACGUACAGCAGCAGUGACAGCCAACCGCAGACCCUCAGCGUCACCAAUUGCUUCUGUAGCAGCGUCUCGCCUUCUUCAUCGUCCGCAGUGACUUCUGCUGUGGUGGUCGUCGUCCCUGUGGCUGGAGCUAUGGAGCCUGUACCUGUGUCCUGUUCGGUGCUGUUGAAGGCGGAGCAGACGCCCGAGAGCGCCACCACUAGCAGCAAGAGGGCGCAUUUGAGCCGCCCGCGCGCAGGACCUACGAGCACGAAGGUCAUGCUCGCCACUGCGCUGCUUUUACUAUGGCAAACAACGAUGACCGGCUCCUUUUUCUAGCUGACUUUAGGGUACGGACCGCACCACACCAUAUGUACAUCGUUUUUUCUCCUUACAAAAAAACAGUGUAGCAUCUGCCACCCCAUCCUGGCC